UUCCAUAAGUUUGUCGUUUUAUUAUUCACUUGCUCCUAAUGGCACAGCUGGUCAGCAGGGGGGAAAAUGUAGAGGUGAUUAAUGUUCGGACUAAUUUAAAACCAGGCUGACCUUGUGAUGAGUUAAAAAGAGUUUGUUAGGGAGGGGCACACCCCCUUCGGUUGGUAGUGGAAAGUCUGGCUAAUUUUUAAGUAUUUGCAAGGUUGGAAACGUGGCGGUGGAAGCUGGUGAGAUUCUUCGAUUUUUUGUUUUUCGUGCUUUCCUAAGUACUCUCAUAAUCUAUUAAAAAUGAUCGCUUUCAGUACACUUGCAAAAUCAAAAAGAAGAAAAAAAUAAAAAGGAAUAAAAUGGAGUAUCGCCAACAGGACCGUAUUUUCCAGGAAGGGCGGAUUUCCCUGAAGGUGGUUAAGCUGUCGAACCGGAACCACGAAACUCUGGGUCCUACGCAGUACGGAGGACUGACGGGAACACUGCCAAAGGGCACCGCGCCAUGCGCCCGCCCCCGCUGGCUUGAAAGCUUUUGGUUCCAGCCCCUUUCCUCUUGCUCCUUCGAAUCUCUUCCCCCUCCACAGUUUCCGUAUAGGAACCUUUUGUAACAUUCUUCCACGUUGAAGCGGGGGACCAAUUUCGUCGACACAAUCCGGAAUGGUCAACAUGGCGGUGGCCGUAAGAGUCCUCAGUAGAGGAAACUCAUUGUAAAGAACAGCAUUCCCUAUUUGGGACAGUUGUUGCUUGAAGGAUAGGGGCGGCAAGAGAUCACGACAGACCCAAAUCUUGAUUCAUCAUCAAAGGCAUAGUCUUUCCAAGAUGGUUUCUCAGAUGCCUCUUUAUCCUCGUUCUGUAUACAUUCAGCUGCCCAACAGACAUUUUGCUGCUGCUGCUACGAAGCCUGCAAAGAAAACACAAAAGGGUGCCAAAGGAAAAGCAUCAGAUGAAAAAAAAGAUGAUAUAGAAAAAAUAAAAUCAUAUCCCUUUAUGGAAGGUGAGCCUGAAGAUGAUGUCUACCUAAAACGCUUAUAUCCAAGGCAGAUAUACGAGGUAGAGAAAGCGAUUCACUUACUUAAGAAAUUUCAAGUUCUGGACUUUACUAAUCCAAAUCAAGGUGUUUAUCUUGAUUUGACACUGGACAUGACUCUGGGGAAGAAGAAAAAAGUGGAGCCAUUUGCCAGUGUUCUUAGUUUGCCAUACCCAUUCACUUCAGAAAUCAAUAAAGUUGCUGUAUUUACAGGGAAUGCUUCAGAGAUUAAAAUAGCAGAAGAAAAGGGAGCUGCGUUUGCAGGAGGAACUAAUCUGAUUCAGAAGAUUUUGGAUGAUGAAAUUCAACCAGACUUUUAUGUAGCUGUUCCAGAAAUAAUGCCUGAGCUUAAUCCAUUAAGGAAGAAACUGAAAAAAAGAUUUCCUAAGCUUACUCGAAAUUCCAUUGGCCGGGACAUACCCAAAAUGCUUGAAUUAUUUAAAACUGGACAUGAAAUUAAGGUAGAUGAAGAAAGGGAGAACUUUCUGGAGACCAAAAUAGCAACACUGAAUAUGUCAAGUGACCAGAUAGCUGCCAAUCUGCAAGCAGUUAUCAAUGAAGUUUGUAGGCAAAGACCACUGAACUUGGGACCCUUUGUGGUACGUGCUUUCCUUCGAAGUUCAACAAGCGAAGAGAGACAGAGAGAGACAGAGAAACAGAGGGAACAUGCACACACAUGAUGUUAUAAAGUAAGCAUUUCCCCAUAUUAUUUAAAAUCUUAUAUGAAAAGCAUCAUUUUACUAGCUGAGCAAUAUUUCAUCCUGUUGAUGCUCUAAUUUAUGGAGUCAUUUCCCAGUUUGGGGGCAUUUAACUUGCUUUCAGGCCCCCCCUCUACCGUUAUUAUUUACAAUGCUUUGGAGAAAAUCUUUGAGCAUCACUUAUUUUCCUCUAUAUUUCUAGAAGUGACAUUCUUGAGUUAAAGGUGUGAUAUGGCUAAGGGUCUUAAUUUUGUCUUAGAAAGGUGCCUUUUUGAGCAGAACAAGCCAGAACAAGAAAUAUGGUUGGAAAACUUGCUCUGGGCGAGAACAUUCCAGGGUCUUAUUAACUGGCCUAUGAAUAAAUUAUUCCCUAAUCUUCCCUUAGAGCAUUUUUCCUAUUGGCUACCUAGAACUAAUGUUGAAUGUUCAUCCUGGUGUGCUUCUGGAAAAAUAGAAGAAUCACUCUAGGCUACUCUUCACUUAAAUCUCUUUCUCUUUUGUAUUGUUAAUGUAUUUGCUUUUUUGUUAGAAAAUAAAUUAAAAGCUUAUAUAUAAAAAGAGUAAAAUGUUUUUAAAAUGCAUGGUAAAUACUACUGAUUCCCAAAUGUUAGCCUGCAUGCAAAUCACCUUGUGAGCACAAAUUGCCUGGCACCAGUCAGUGAUCUGAGGUGGACCGUGAAAAUUUACAUUUCUAACAAAUUCCUUUUGCCAAACCCAGGUUUGUAUGCCUGGUACAUGGUGAGGCCAAACAAACCAAAAUAUUGGAGUUUGGAGCAGAGAAAACUUUAUUGCAAGGGCUGAGCGAGGAGAACAGGCUGCUGGUGCUCAAAAAGCCUAAACGCUCCCAAGGUUUUCAGGGAAGAGUUUUUAUUGGGCAAAACGUGCAAGGAGGACUGUAAAGUAUGUGACCUUCCCCUCACUGGUUGGUGGAGAGAUAACAGUAAUAACGCUCCAGGAAUCUCAGUCCUUAGCCUUCUGGUCCAGCCAGUCUGGGAUCCAGGGAUUGUGCUCUGCCUGCAGUUACCGUCCUCCACCUGGGUGGGAGUAUCCCUUGAGGGGGAACCAGGACCCUGCAGUCUUCUUUUUUGACUGCUUUUUCUUUGUUUCUGCAUCCCCUUGCUCUUCUAAUUAGAAACUGAACCUGCCCUUUGGAAUUUGGGGAAGGUCUCAAAGGCCAAAGCCUUUUCCCUACAACAAGGAAGCGGGGGGCACGGACAGGCUUUGGUACUCUGGAGGGCCCCCAGAGUCCUGCUUGGGUUCAUUCCCAGGUGAUGAUGGUGUUACUGGUCCAUGGAUGAUACUUUGAGAACCACUGUUAUUUACUAAUGAAUCUUUUAACCUUGGAUAAAAAGAUCUCUAGCUUUGUUAUCAGCAUCAGUUUAUUUUAAAAUUCAGCAGGUAAUUCUGAUGUAGCAGGGUUGAGAAUCACCAGUAUAUGCAAUUAGCCAAAUUAUAAAAGAAAAAGUUUUUAAUAAAAGUCAAGAUUCUAAAAGAAUGAUAUGAAAAAAAAAAAAAGAGUGCACCAAAUUUAAGGGCUAGGACUAGUUCCUAGCUUUCUGGUCUAUCCCUAGAAGUAAACAAUUUAAAUUCCUUUGGAAUGGGAGUUCCCAUCAUGGCUCAGUGGUUAACAAAUCCGACUAGGAACCAUGAGGUUGUGGGUUCAAUCCCUUGUCUCGCUCAGUGGGUUAAGGAUCUGGCAUUUCUGUGAGCUGUGGUGUGGGUUGCAGACGCAGCUCCAAUCUGACGUUGCUGUGGUGUAGGCCGGCAGCUACAGCUCUGAUUAGACCCCUAGCCCAGGAACCUCCAUAUGCCAUGGGAUGGGCCCUAGAAAAGGCAAAAAGACAAAAAAAAAAAAAAAAAAAUUCCUUUGGAAAAACAAUUCAAAAUCUGGGAUAUUCUGUAAAAGAAGAACAUCAUGAGGUGAUCACCAAUGUACUUUCUAACACAAAUUUUAUGAUUAUAGCUUUUGUGGGUGACAUUUCAUGCCAUUAGAGAUGAUGUGAUAUUAUUAAUUAAUAUUACUCAAUAAACAUACACCUAAACAUAAAUUUGAUGGUAUUGCUUAGUUUUACGGUGGGAUGGGGAGACCUGGUCAAUGAUUGUUUUUUAAUAGCAAGUAGUUAACCACAGUAUCCAGUAGGUGGCAGUAAUAACCUUUCUCACAACUUUUAAAUAGUCCUACUUAUUCGUAACUACUUGUUUUCUUAUUUGACUAUACCAAUAAAAUAGCAAGAAUACUUUAUAGACCCGUUGGAGCUUUGUUAGGCUUUUUGUUGUUGUUCUAUUUUGGGUAUAUUACAGAGGUUGCUUUAGUUGUCACUCUGUAAUAAUGCAUUUUUAGAAUUUAAAAAUUCAUUUGUUUUAACUUUUAUUAUAGAUUUUUUCAAAUAAUACAGAAAAAUAACACUCAUUUACUCAUCACCCAGCUCCAGCAAUUAUCAACAUCAUACUAUUGUUCUAGGUACAUCUGUCGACUCCCUAGCUCAUCCUAAUCCUUGCUAGAGUAAUUAAUCGCAAAUCCCGCAUAUCACUUAACCUAUAAGAGUUUUGAGAAUAAUUAAGCUACCAUUACAAGAAAAUUUUAGGUCCAUUUUUCAAAACCCAAUGUUUUUGUGUUCCCCUCUAACCACUGAGAGUAUUUAAGUUUUUUGGAUUGCAUUUUGCAUAUAAUAAUGAGCAAAUCACAUAUUUCUAGUGCUUUGAGAACUUAGAGUACAUAGUAACAUAAUUAUUCACAGAAACUUAUGUAUAAAUAUCAAUACUUUAAAAAAAUCAAAAGGAAGAAAUAAACUGGUAUCUUCACUUAAAUUUUUGUUUUUGAAUCAAAAUAUAAAAUUAGAAAUGUAACUACUAUAAGGAAUGGGUUGAAGUAAUAUUCAGUUUAUAUCUGAAGGUAUCUAAAGGAACAAAAAGAUUUACUGUAUUAUUUUAUUUUAAAAAACAAAAGCACACUAAAUAAAUUUGGCAGGUAGAGAAAGGAAGAGUUUAAAGGAAAAAGUGACCCAUAAUUCCUUCAGCAACCAUUUCACAUUUUGUCAUACUUCCUUUUUUCCUUCUUCCCAUGUGGAGGGCUCCUUUCUCCCUUAAAUAACAUGUUUUGAUGCUCUUGGAUAUAGAGUAGGAAGGGAGACAUCUUGGCUUUGGAAGUUUCCCUUGUCUCUAUAUCUUUAGUUGCUUUUAUUUGAAAAAAGCCAACCAAAAGCAAUUAAGUAUUUGCUAAGUGAAAGGCCUAAUGCUUUCUGUACCUCAUUAUAUAUUAUAUAAAAUUUUAUAACAUAUUUCCCAACUUGGUAAUAAGUUUAAUGAAAAUUAAUUUAUAUAAAUUUUUAAGUUAAAUAGAAUAACCCAGUGUUUUCCAAAGGGCAAUAAGUAUACCAUUAGUGGCAAGAAAGACCUAGAGAUGAAAUUUGAUGGUAAGUGAACCACAUUGUAAAAUUAGUAGUUAAGUAUGUUUUUACUGUAUUAUAGGAAAAUAUAACUUGCACAUAAAAGAUUAUGAUUUCAUGGAUAUUGUUGCCUAGGAUGACAUUGCCUAGGUGAUUAUUUGUAAAGUCUAUUUAAAAAUAUUAAGUUGGAAGUUCCUGUUGUGGCACAGUGGAAAUGAAUCCAAUUAGUAACCAUGAAGUGGUGGGUUUGAUCCCUGGCUGUGCUCAGUGGGUUAAGGAUCCGCUGUUGCCCUGAGCUGUGGUGUAGGUCACAGACAUGGCCCAGAUCCUGCACUGCUGUGGCUGUGGUAUAGGCCCAGUGGCUGUAGCUCCCAUUUGACCCCUAGCCUGGGAACCUCCAUAUGCCACAGGUACGGCCCUAAAAAGCAAAAAUAAUAAUAAAAUUAAAAUAUUAAGUUAAUUAUAUAAACAUAUAAGUUAUGUAAGUUGCUUUCCAAAGUGGUUAUACCAUUUUUCAUUUCCUCCAGUAAUGCAUAAGGGUUCCAGUUUUUCCACAUCCUAAUCAACACUUAGAAUUGUCUUUUUUUAUUAUAGCCAUUUUAGUGAAUAUUUAGUUGUUAUACAUGUUUUAAUUUGCAAAUGAAUUAUUUUGCUGAGAAAGUAUUUGGGGAUAAUUGAUAGAGUUUAAAUGUGUGCCAUUUGAAAGAUGGAGUAUAUUUAUAGUUCCAGAAAUAGAGGUGGGACAAAUGUAGACUAUAGGGAACUAAAUACUAAGCAAAAGUUAAGCAAAAUUUAAAUAUUAUGGACUCUUUUGCAAAGUUGUAGUGACCUUUUUAUUUACUAUAUUUACAUUCAGCUGUAUCAGUGUUUUCUCAGUUACAGUCAACAGAAAUUAACCAGAGAAGAAAAUGUAAUGUCAGGGUAUGGAGUGAUUAACAGAAUCAAAGGAAAAGUUAAACAACUGGCACUUGGAAAGGAUAGGAAGCAGUGCAGUUUAAGGGAUCUAAGUAGCAGGAAUCAAUGGACAGCCUCCUCAGGGAGCUAUGGUCAAGGCGAAGCAGCUCUGUUUUCAGACCUUGUGUCACUCCACUCAACAUUUAAAUUUUAAGGAAAGAGAGGCUCUCUUUGGCCUAGUUUAGUUUACUUGCCCACUCCUUGGUCAGGAGGCACAAUGAUAAUCUCACCAGAAGUGCAUGCCAUAGGGUAGAAGAAAUUGCUCAGGGGGAAUGUUGAAAUGCCUUUACCAGAAGAAGGUACUUCUUGGGUGCUGGGCAGGCAAGACUGAUAGAUGCCCGGUAUACCGGGUCGCUACCUCUGCUUGAGUGUCUAGGAAGAAUUAAUAGCAAUGAUAGGAGGGUCAACAAAUCUCUAAGUGUCAUAAAUUCCUUGAGUGUUAAUGUCUCCUCCAAUGAUUUCUAGGAAAUCAAUAUGUUUUUCUUUGAACUAAAAAUAAUUACUUUGUUACUCUAAAUAAAAGUAUUUUUACAUACAUAGCGAAUGUUCUUUGAAUGCAAAAGAAGGUUGCCCAUUUAUUUUUUGGAGGAGAAAUGUCAGUUUCACUUUAUUAAACAUAAAUAGAAACACAGAUUCCCUAUAGUAAAAAGAUUAAAUAAAAGCAAAACUUCUGAGAUUCUCCCACUCAGCCUCUCUUGUGGCUCCAGGUGGAUCUUUACACUUGUACAAAUAUGUUCCUACAUUUACAAGGUUAACUGCCUGUUGGCAUAUGUAGGUUUUUUAUAUGUAAAAAUAGAUAGUAUGAGCAAGUACUUCUUCCUUUUUUUUUUUUUUUUUUUUUUUUUUUUUGGCUGUACCCACGGCCUGUGUAAGUUCCUGGGCCAGGGAUCAAACCCGUGCCACAACAGUGCCAUUGUACUGGCAGUGCUGGAUCCCUAACCUGCUGUGCCACAAGAGAACUCCUUUUUUUUUCCUUUUUUUUUUUUUGGAGCAAGUACUUCUUUAAGGUAGGUUGCUAAAAUAGUAUAGUUGUUAAGAGCACAGACCCUAGAGACAAACUAUUAUGAUUCAGAUUGUAGCUCUGCUAUGUGACUGUAUAUUGUUGGUGUUGCCCAAUGAUUUUAAGGAAACUUUUUGCUGACAUACAUUCAUAUAUGUGAACAACUUGCAUUUUCCCCAAAGUGAAUGUGUACCUAGCAAAUGGAUCAAGAUGUAGAUAAUACCUGCACCUCAGAAACCCCUUUGUUCUCUCCUUGUAAACUGCUUCUAUUCAAGGUAACCACUAUCAUGACUUCUAAGACCAUGUAUUUGUUAUUCUUGUUUUGAAAUAACAGUGUUAUUCAUGUAAAUGGAGUAAUAAUUAAUAUGCACAUGUUUGGAAGGAGGCCCAGGUUCAUUCAACGUGUUUAUGAAAUUCAUCCAUAUUGUGUAUUUGUAGUUUAUUAAUUCUCAUUGCUAUUUGAUAUGCCAUUGUGUGAAUAUAUCACAAUUUAUCCAUUCUUCUGUUGAUGGACAUGUGGAUUCUUUGUAGUUUGAGGUAUUACAAAUACUACUGAUAGGAACUUUCUUAUAUAUUUCUUUUGGUAAAGUUUUAGGACUUAUACAAAUAAUGCUACUUAUUAACAUUCUUGUCCACCUCUUUUGGUGACCAUACGUAUACAUUUCUUUUAGAUAUAUACCUAAGAGUGGAAUUGCUGGAUCAUAAGUUAGGUAUAUGUUCAUGUAUAGUGGGUAAUAGUUUUCAGUUUCCAAAGGUAGUUGUACCAAGAUAACACCCAGUGGUGAGUAAGAGUUCUAACUAACCCACAUCCUUGCCAAUAAUUGGUGUUAUCUUUUUCAUUUUAACCGUUUUGCUGAAUGUGACAUUGUCCAGUAAUUUUUGAAGAAUAUAAAAAUUCCGUCUCCCCCACUUAGUGGGGGAGAUGGAAUUUAGAAUAUCAUUCCCCACUGAUUAAAGUUGACUCUGAGUUUGGGCAGCUCUGCCAUAGGAGUGAGGGGGUGCUGGCCUGUCAGUUCCCAAGUUUUCUUCCAGGGCCGACCAGGCCUGGCUCUUAUAGGCUCUUUCCUGCCCAAGCCCAGACCUGCCCAUUUCCCCUAAGCCCUCCCUCUAUCUGGGCCCACAGACCCUCUGGGAAAAGGGAACAUGUGAGAAACACAAUACCAGGGCUUGUCCCUUGGAUCUGGGCCAGUGGUCUGGGCAGAGACUGGGACAGGAGCCACAAGAGUCAGUUUCCCAGGAGAGGCCCAGUGCCUGCCUCCCUCCCAGAGUCACCACCUUCCUGGCACCUCUUGCCCUGUGCUCUCUUGGGCCUCGCAGCCCCAAGAGGGUCUUCUCUGCUGUUUGGUUUGGUUUGGAUUAUCCUUUGUAAUAAAGGGCCCUCCAUCAAACUCUAGAACCACUGCCCACUCUUUAUGUCUAAAUUCCGUAUUUGGUAAAUUAGACGUGUAAAGUUUUAAAAUGAUUGUUUCUAGUAUAUUAUGCAAUUUCAGAUAUUACUACUCUUAGCUUAGACUGAGGAUUGAAAAUUCAUGGCUCACAUUCUUUUAUCUGCUAUUUCCAACCAGGCAGAUAAUGACAGAUGGUGUGACUUACACCACUGAUUUCUAUGUGACCCCAGAUUUUUUUUCUUAAUACGGUGCUCCACAUAGUCACACUGUUGAAUGGAAGUGUGCUGGAAAAUUAAAACACUCUUUUCGUUCUAUACCUCAAGGUACAAGGUAAUCAGCCAAGUCUAAAAAUUUUCCCAAGAAUUGCCAUUAUUUGUUGGCCCUGUAUUAGACUGACAGAAACGUGACUCACUCUUAGAAACCCAUCAUUUAAAUCUAUUACUUAGCCAUGCUAACUGAUAAGCUGGCUUGCUUUUAUUUUAUUCUAGUUAAUUUAAAAUUUUUUGUUUGCCAUUCUGUUUUAAUAUUUAAUUGAUUUAUUUAUCAUUUGGAGUAGGAAAAAUUCUGAAAAGUCUGCUGUAGCUUCUUAGGUCAAAGCAAAUUAGGGGAAAUGACUUGAAAGGAAGAAAGAUGAUACAGAUACAGGGUUAUACAUGAAUUCUAAGUUUGGGGGGUUAGGGAGACCUUUCAAGGUUUUCGAAUAUAUUGGUUAUUGUAUAAUAUAUAUUGAUUAUAUGUUGUCUCUUGAAAUUAAAAAUAACUUCUGGUGGUGAAUUAGAAGUAGUAUUUUUUUUCAAAGUAGAAAGUUAAAGGAUGAGUUGCUUCUUUUAAAAUUUGGGUCAUGCUAAGAUGAUGAAGCUGAUGAUUAAAACCCAAGAUAAAAGAUAAUUAAAACCUGAGGGGAAUAAAGAAGGAGGGGGGGAUAGAUUAAAAAGUAAGAGUUUGGUGACUUAGAUGGAACCAGGAGAUAAGUUUUAGCAGUAGUGGUUUAUGCUCAUGUCAUAUUCCUAGCUCCUUCCCUUGCUAAGUGUGUUACAUUGAGCUUUCAUUUGCCUUGUGAGUCUCAACCGUUUUGGCUAUAACAUAAUCAUAAUUGCUUUUAUUAACUCAGAGUGUUGUGAAGACUAAUCAGGUAACAUAAAUGAAAUUGCUUUAUAAAAUAAGGCACAAUCAAUGCUGUUACCAUAAAUACUAGGACCAUAUGUGAGCCUCAACAUUUAUAUAGCUCAAACUAGAUUUUUAAAAGUCUAGCUUUCCUUUUCUGCCUAUAAUGGAACAGUGUAUACCAGACUUGCCCUCUACCUGUAAACAACUAGAAAAUUGGACAAAAUAUUUGAAGCAACUGUUUUCUGGCCUGGGAAAGCAUAUGCAGUACAGGAAUGUGCUCUCUGAAUGGAUGAAAACAAAUGACUUGUACAAAGCCAUCUGCAUUCUGCCUGGUGUCACUUUCCAGACCUGCACAGGAAAAGGAAAACCAAGGAAAGCAUGGCGGUCUCUGUGUAGAAGACACUGGGAUCAGACUUUGGGAAAGUGGUGGUGGCUUCAAUUUGUGAGGCACAGUACCAGAGCUGUGGGAGCUGCGCAGAGAAGAUCCAGGAAUGUGCAGGGGGGUUUCACUGAGACCUUUGCUGGGUGGUGAGGUGCAGUGUGUAGAGUGAAAUGCUGCAUGGCUAGAACCCACAUCAGUUACAAGGGAACUGUUAAGUCAAACAAUUCCCAGAACUUACGUGUAGCUGAGAGACAGUUCAGUUUUAACCACCAGAGUGGCAGGACCAUAUUGAAAAUCCCAGGCAUUCAGUAGUUACACCAGAGUUGUGCCUCAGAAUAGAACUAAAAGAUUCAAGAAUAAAGGCUACUCUUGACCCCUAGUAAUAACUUAAAAACAGCCUCAAAAAGAUCACUGAUUGGCAAGUACUUUAACUGCCUGCCAAAUUGAACACUCUAAAUAUAGAAAGCAAAAUCUAGAAUUUUAAGAAUAUAGCAUUUAUGGUGUCUGGUACCCAAUAAAAAUUAUGCUAUGCAAAUAAGCAGGAAAACGGGAGGAAGAAAAUCAGUCCAUAGAAACUGACUUAGAAAUUAUGGAAAUGAAUGAAGUAGCUGACAAGGGCUUUGAAACAACUGUAGUAAAUAUGUUCAAGUAUGUAAAGGAAAACACCAUAAUGAGGAGAGAAAUGGCAGAGAUUUUAUAAAAGGUAAAGGGAACUUUAGAGCUGCAAUGCAGCUCAGAAAUAUCUGAAUGGAAUGCAAUGCAAUAUCUGAAUGGAAAAUUCACCUAUGGAUUUUCAGCUGAUUAGUCACUGCCCAAGAAGGAAACUGUGAACUUAAAGAUACAGCAAUAGAAACUAUACAAAUUGAGAUACAGAACAGAAAUAAUAAUACUGAUAAAAAGGCCAGAUCCUCAGUGAUCCGAGGGAUAUUUGAAGUGAUCUAACAUAUGUAUUAUUGCAGUAUCUAAAAAGGGCAGGGAGGAGGAGCCAGAUGAACAAAAUAAAAGCUAUGAUGUCUAAAUCCAAGCAGGAUAAUUGAAAGGAAAACGAUUCUAAGGCAUAUCAUAUUCAUUUUGUUGAGAACCAGUGAUAAAUUAAUCUUAAAAGCAUCCAGAGGUGGGAAAAAAUAAUUAAAUGCAGGGGUAUCGAGAUAAGAAUUGCUACUGAUUUCUUGUCAGAAAUAAAGCAAGCCAAACAAGGAAUGGAAUGAUAACUCAUUCCGUUACAUUCAAUGCUUAAAAAAUAAGUUAAAGAUUUUGUGUUAAGUGAAAAUGAGAGCAACAUAAAGAAAGAGUUUUUUGACAAGUGAAAGCAUGGAGCAUUUUUCUCCGGGAGACCAGAAUUAUAAGAAAUGUUAAAGGAAGUCCUUCUAGAGGAAGAAAACUGAUACCAGUACAAACAAACCUAGCUCCAUACGAAUGAAUGAAGAAUGCCAGAAAUGGUAAAAUAUGUGGGGAAAAUACAAAAAAUACUCUUCUAAUUUUUAUCAUUUCUUUAAAAAUUACGUUUUAAAAGCAAAUGUAAUAACUGUAUGGUGGGGUUUAUAACAGUUUGAAGUCAAAUAUAUGAAAAUAGUAGCACAAAAGUUGGUAUGGUACAUAUUUAUACAUGGCUCAUUUCAGUUGGGUGCAGUUUUCUGUGUUUAUCUAGUAUUUUUAGUGGAUAAAAUCACAUGUAAAAUCAAACCAACACUGAAUUUUUUGCUAUCUCUCUAAAACGUUUGCAUUUUCCAAAACAUGCAUCAUAGCUGAACUGACUGUACAGUUCACCAAGUAUGGCGAGGUUUGCAUCUAUGUGACCAUGAUGAAAAUCAAGAUACAGAACAUUUCCAUCAUCCCCAAAAGUUUACUUGUGCACUUCGUACUGAUUCUUGCCUUCAGCUCCAAGCAACAACAAAUUUGUGUUCUAUUGCUAUAAUUUUGCUUGCUGUAGAAUUUCAUAUAGAUAGAUCUUACAGCGUGAUGUAUAUGUUUUAUUGUUUUUAAAUUCAUCCAUAUUGCUGCAUGUAUCAACAGAUAAUUCUUUUCUAUUGUUAAAAUAUUUUCUGUUAUAUAGAUAUGUCAAAUGUAUUUAUCCAUUCAUUCACUUGUUGAUGGGUAUUUGUGUUUCCAGUUUGGGGCUAUUAUGAAUAAAACUUCUGUAAACAUUAAUGUACAAGCUUUUUUUUGGUGGACAUUUGCGUUCUUCUCCCUAGGAUAAAUAAUGGGACUGCUAGGUGACAGCUUUCAUAACCACCAAAUAGGUCUCCAAAGUGGUUGUACCAUUUUAUACCCCCACCAGCAAUGCCUGAAAGUUGAAGUUGCUUCAUAUCCUCAUGAAUAGUUGGAUUUUUAAUGUUUAGUUUUAGCUAUUCUAGUGGGUGUGUAGUGGUAUCAUCUCAUUUUGAUUGUAGUUUGCAUAUCCCACAAUAACUAAUGAUGUUGAGCUUCUUUUUAUGUGCUAAUUAGCUAUCCUAUCUUCUUUGAUAAUUAGUACAAAGUGUCUAUUCAUAUCUGCUCUUGUGAGAAAUUGGAUUGUUAGUCUUAUUGAAUUUUAAGGAUACUUUAUAUUAUCUGGUUUCAAGCUGUUUUGUCAAAAAAAA